AUGGCGUCCGCAGCACUCCGCGAAAAGCAGGCGCCCAUCAAGGAGCAGUACAAGUCCGACCCGUCGAGCGCCAUCGUGACGCUCUCCUCCAAAGGCACGCUCGACAGCAGCAGCAUCACGUGCAAGCUCGAGACGGGCAAAGCGAUCAACGAAGCGAAGCAGAAAGUCGCCGGCCUGCACCAGAAAGCGGGCGGCGACGAUCCCGAGAUUUCCGGUGAGCUGUGCAGCGGCGACAUGCUGCUGGAAGCGCUGGUUGCGUGCGCCGGCGUGACGCUCAAAGCCGUGGCGACCGCGCUGGACAUUCCUAUUGCCAAGGGAACGGUGACGGCGGAGGGGGAUUUGGAUUUCAAGGGGACGAUGGGCGUUGAUCGCGAGGCGCCGGUGGGGUUUACGGAGAUUCGGUUGAUGUUUGAUUUGCAGCUUGAGCAGGGGCAGAAGGUGGAGGAGGAGAAGAUUGAGAAGCUGGGCAAGCUGACGGAGCGGUACUGCGUGGUGUUGCAGACGAUUACGAAGAAGCCGCAGGUGAAGGUGCAUUUGCUGGGCAGGCAGGAGAGGGAGCGAGGCGUGGACGAGUACCUUCAAUGGUCUCACCGGGCGUAG